AUGUCAGCAUCCGGUCAGAAAGAAGCGCUAGUUGGUUGGGUCCUCUAUUACAACACGCCCACCCACAUGCAACGACGAAAACAGGAACUUGAAAAGACAGAGAUGGAUGCACUUAAGGAUCCCGUUAUUCUCACAGGCCCAUCAGCGCAAGAUCGACAAAAUACUGACAUGAGGCCAGCUGAACCCCACCAACGCUUCAAGAACAAGCCCUACCUGCAAUGUCUCGAGAUUCUCGAAGAUGCGUUUCCAGCGCUCAAAUCAUUCUUGGAGAAGCUCGCUAAUGAAGAAGAGCCAGGCCGCAAGGCUGUCAACUCGCACUACCAAGCGAAACAUGGACGAGCACCAGGGCGAUGCUAUUGCUUGGAGUUCCAAGACGAUAGCGUCUCGGUGGUAGAAGAAGGUGUCUUUGAGAGCCCUUCCACGCUUAGAGCAUAUCUGAAGAAGAAAUCAGCCACGGAAAGUCGCAUCGAGAAGCACAGACGCCUUUUCAUCUUGGAGGAUAUGGAACCAGACUACGUCGACGCACUAGGUCACCAUCUGGGUGUUGAUCCUUUGGUUUUCAGCGAACAAAUGAACACCUGGAACUUUACGGACUCCUGGUCUAUCCCGCAUAGGGGGCUGCCUUCGAUGUCAAUACCGGAACAGUCGUUUACAUUGCGCUAUUACGAACUGCGCACCUUGCUCGAGCCGAAAUCGGUCGACGUUCUUAGCUUACAAACGUCAUUUGCAGUCAAUCGGCGCAGCUCGUUGUCAGAUGGAACACCAGAUGAUCUGGGGUGGGAUGACCCUGCAUUUGUUGCUACUUGCGCUGUACCACCUGCAAAGCCUACAAAGCCAGAUGUUCCCAAGUUCAACGGACUUCCAAUAGACCCAAGCGCACUCAAGACUCUGGACGACUGUCUAAUCCUACAGGCUGAAGAGCCGUUCAAAAGUAGGUCGGCGCUCUGGAGAGCGCAAGACUGGGGUACACCUCAUUCCCUCCAGGGAACUCCCCAUCGGAGCUGGCCGUAUCAUAACGGAUGCUCUACGUUGGCUCCGUUGAUGUUCUCAGAAGUUGGCAUGGGAGCAAAGGAGGCAAACGUUGGGAUGUUCCAGAGGAGGCGAAACCUCACGAGUGCCAUGGAUGAGAUGGUGUUCUACUGGACGAGGCUCGCCACUCCCGACCUCAUCCAGAAAACGAACGAGAAGUCAUCCAACUCUGCGUUUUACCUCCUCAAACACGUCGCGCAGCACUGGGUGAAUCAGCUGGAACUCAUGAACACCACUAUUGCCAGAGCCGAAUGGUUCUCCGACGACUAUCAAGCUAAGAUCGACGACAACUUGAGUAAGCAGAAAUGGAAAAAUGACCUACUCAAGAUCAACGAAAUCGCAAAGGAUAUCAACUACAUGCGCCGACAUUUAAACCACUUUUGGCGCGCCAUGUACCUGAAUCUUGAACGCCUGGGGGUCCAACUAGGUUCCGAGAGCGUCGACAGAGACGCGUCCCUAGCACUACAAGGUGCACAAAAGGACUUCUUCACUAUUCACACAAGGAUGCAACCUUUGCGCGAUCGCGCGGAGGCCUUGAACUCCGUCUCAAACGAUCUCGCCAACCUGCGCGCGGCAUUCAGAGGCGUCUCAGAUGGCGAAUUCAGCUUGCGUCUAAGUUUGUUCGCCUCUGUUGUCUUUCCGCUCACAUUGCUCGCGGGCAUCUUUAGCAUGGGCGAUGAAUUUCGGCCUGGAAGACCGCAGUUCUAUAAGCUCUGGGCCAUCGGCGUGCCUGUCUGCUUGAUAGUCGCGCUUGGACUGGUGUACGGAAGGCGGCCGUGGGCGGUCACUAUUGAUAUUUGGGACUAUGCAAGAGCCUGGCUCGAGGACCUUAAGCUGGUGGAACCCAAGAAUGGGAAGGCUGCGCAAAAACCAGUCAAGGUUGGCAUGAAAGCGCACAGAGUGGAGAAGAGCAGAUCUAUUGAGCAAAAGAGUUUGAAGAAAAGAGCAAGCCGAAGGAAUCGCGAUGAAGAACAUGGUGACUAUUGA